GCAGUGGAGCUGCAAGUUUUUGCCUGGAGCUGGAGCAGAGCCAGAGCACAGAAAAUCUUGACUGCUCCAGUUUUUUUUUUUCCCAUUUUCAAUCCAAAAUGAAUUAUAUUUAGCACAAAAGUCUUAAAGGUGCCAAAAAGUUUCAGAUUGUAUAACAAUUGAUAUUAACAUCUACUUUACCACUUUACGUAAUGUGUCACAGUUGUUUUCACUUCGGCCGAAAUCAAGAUUUAACGUACAGAUACAAAAUUACAAAGUUUUUUUGAGAUAUGUUUAUUAAUAAAUAUAUUAAAGAAUCAGAUAAUUAUCAGACAUCCGGCAACACUGCAGACUGCUCCCACCCUUGUGCCAAGGUUAGGCGAGUAUAUACUCACAUAGAUUAGUUAGAUUAGUAUGUGUUGAUACUUCCUUUUGUAAGGAUUUAUCAAUGAGACGCCCUGAGUGCUGCGAUUACGGAGAAGUGUGAUGCAAGAUGCAACAUUUAAGAUAUCACAAACAGAUCAUAACAAGAAACAUUUGGAUGCGGUAGCAGCACAAGAAGAUUUGGCCAUGGCUUCAACAAAAAAAAUUCAAAUCUGCCCCCCAUAAUUGAUAGCAGAUUUACGGAAAAGGAUCUCAACGACAUCUUUACUUUUGAAUUUGAAAAGCCCAAAUUUGGGCUUUUGGGAAAAGCAAAGAAGCAAUCAGCAACAUGCAAGGUGGAAAAGGAAAUGAAUGGCGAGCUCAAACCAUGUAGCUUCAAGACAAGUGAAGCAAGUGCCGUGAAAAGUUUCAACCUUUGGCGGCAUGUAAAACUUAACCAUCCUGAAAACUAUGCGGCUCUGGUUACAAAAAGGGACCAGGAAGAUGAGGCAAAACAGAAAGCUGGCACAGCUAAACGACGUUCAUCUGGCUCUUUGAAAACUGGAGAAAAGAUUUUUUGCAGAGCUUCAUCUGAAAAGAAACUCAAAAUUGAGCAAACAAAAUUUGACUCAUAUUUGAAGUCCUCAAAGGUUACAGUCACUAUGGAUGCCAGUACUUUCCGUGAAGGGCUGAUGGAAAUGGUUUGCUUGAGUUCAACACCGCUCACUACCUUCAGGCUAAAGAACAAAGGGUUCCAAAAUAUUGCAGGCGAAAUGGGUCGGCAGCUUGGCGUUUCGAUGGGGCACAAUGCGGUUCGUCAUUUACUUGUCAGCACAGCUGAGUCUGGAUGCGAAGAGCUCAAGAAAGCUUUGGAGCAAAAAUUGUGCUACCUGAAAAUGGAUGUGGCAACCCAUGGAAACAGAAAUUUCCUUGCAAUCAAUGCUCAGUACUACGAAGAAGGAAAAGAUAAAGCUGUGGUAAAAACCUUGGACAUAAUCGACACUGAAGAGCAUCACAAUUUUUCGUACAUGAAAAGUCAAGUAAAAGCUAUUUUAAAAAAAAUUGGGAUCAGUGAAAUGGAAGUGCUGAGCAUCUGCGUUGACAAUGCAGCAAACGGGACGUGUGCCGUCAAAAAUUUCAGCAAGGACAAUGAAACCAUUUCUACCUCUGAGAACAGGGAUGUGGACAGAACUGAAGCUAUUUUGCCUGAUGAAGGAACUAAAGGAAUGGAUUAAAUUGAACUCAACAUGGAUGCUGCUGCGCAAUGGGUUAAUGACCCUAGCCUCAUACUUCCAACAUGGCUUCAUGAGGACGACUCAAAAGUCCAACUGAUGACGUGUGGUAUUCAAGCUCUUCAGUUGGCAAUCUGGGAUGGACUGAACAAAGAACAUAAGAAAUUUCUGGCAAAAAUUCAACAAGUUGUUGUCAAACUACGAACCCCAAGUAUUCGAAAUGUUCUGCUUGAUCUACAUGGGGUAACUCAAUCUUUGGAAACUGUGAUUCACCUGGGGUUCAACAUUUGCGAUGAUUGAUCGGCGUCUUGUUUUUCAAUCUUACGGUGAACAAGUGGCUGCUGCUGGAACAAGAGAACUCAAGUUCACAAAAGCUGAAUGGGACGAAGUGAAGAACCUGCGAGACCUCUUGGCAAAGCCAAACCAAACAACCGUGAAUCUUCAAGCUGUUGAUGUAACCCUGGGAGUUUUAAUGAAGGAAUGGCGAAAACUGUCAAAAUUCUUGCAAGAAAAUGGUGGACAAAUUGCAGAAGGAAUUCUAUCCUCCAUGCAGAAACACGAAGAGAAGCUUUUUGACAAUAUUCAUUUCCUUGCUGGAGUUUAUGUUGACCCAUGGUAUCGGAUUCUUCUUACCUCAAGGGAAAUACUAAAGGCAAAGGAAGGGCUUCUUGAUAUUGCUUGACUCGAAAAACAAAAUCUGUUGCUACAUUUGAACUCAGUGAAAGAGGUUGAAGAAAAUGAAAUACAGCAAAAGGAGUCAUCAACAAUCGAAUUUGCAGUUUCAGGAAGUUCACAUCCUUCAGAAAUAGUAGGCUUCCGUCUCCACUCUGAAUUUGUUGGAGUGUCCAUCCCUGAGACGUCUUCAAUCAUCACAGGGAAAUGGAGAUAAUUCAAGCACCAAUUCUUCAGAAGAUGACGCCUUCGAAAAGGAAUUGGAUAGACAAGAAAGACACUGGCGAGUUUCUGCGAUUCAUAAUUGUAAUGAAGCAUUAUUCGAGAGAAACUUUAGGGAAGAUUGAGAGGCGAUGGAGCCUAUUGGUAGGCUAAAAGUUAAGUCUGUUUUUGAGGCCAUUCACAGCUACCCACACCGCAUUCAGGCUGCCUGUAGAAUUGCUUCAAGCAUGCCAACAACUCAAGCUAGUGUAGAGUGACUGUUUUCGGCUUUAAAGUUCAUUUUAAAUGAUCUGCUGCAGGUUAUGAAAGACAACUUGAUUGCUUCAAUAACUUUUUACAGAAUGAAUUAUGAAUGAUUCUAGUUUGUACCAUUGUGGAUAUUUAAAUUGUUUUAAAAGUCUGAAUAAAAAUGUUCUUUUCAAAAUUACAGUAUGCACUUUUUUUUUUAUUUUGUUAAAAAUUAAUUUGAGU